AUGAGGGCGAUCGUGGAUCUUGUGGUGUGCGGGCUGCCCUAUGGCACCAACAACUACAAUCCAGCCACAUCAGAUCCCAACGGCCCCAAAAACUACAACAUCAACUUUCUUCUGCAGUUUCGCCUGCAGAUGGCUCACAUCUUGACCCGCGCGCCACGUGUGGUGCAUCGGGACCAUGCCGAUUCGGAAAGCGAGUUUUUUCAGCUCAAGGGCUCAAGCGAGCCGCCAGAGCCGGUGGUGCGCGGUUAUGUUGCCAGGAGUGGUAAUCGUGACAGGAUCCGUGCUCUUGGACUCAAAAGUCGUUGUGGUGGUGGUGGUGGUAUCACCGAGCUGAGCUUCUUGAAAACGUCUGUCAAGACGGUCCGCUGUACGAAGCUCGAGGAAGGUUCGAUGGCAUCCAUAUCUCCAGGCACGACGAUCGUGACCAACCACGACCCCGACCACGACCAUGAACAUGACGACUCUGACGACACCCUCUACAGCGGGCUGCCCUAUGGCACCAACAACUACAAUCCAGCCACAUCAGAUCCCAACGGCCCCAAAAACUACAACAUCAACUUUCUUCUGCAGUUUCGCCUGCAGAUGGCUCACAUCUUGACCCGCGCGCCACGUGUGGUGCAUCGGGACCAUGCCGAUUCGGAAAGCGAGUUUUUUCAGCUCAAGGGCUUAAGCGAGCCGCCAGAGCCGGUGACGGUCCGCUGUACGAAGCUCGAGGAAGGUUCGAUGGCAUCCAUAUCUCCAGACACGACGAUCGUGGCCAACCAUGACCCCAACCACGACCAUGACCAUGACCACCACGCCGUCUACAAUAUGGCGCGCAAGAAAGUCCAUGACCGCCUGGCGGCCCGCGAGGCGUCCCUGGCUGACAUGCAUGCCGCCUACAACCGACCCAUGUACAAGGCCAUGGCCAUCAGCCGGGCACGAGGAGGGCCCUACACCUUUGACGAGUUGAGCGAGGACUACGAUUAUUCGGAGCUGUGUCUAUGCACGCCCUGCCGAUGCCUGCUCUUCGUUCUCGUCACAGCUGCGGCCGUCUUUGCCACCCUCUUCUUCACUGGCAUGAUCUUGGCCGUGGCCACGGGCAACACCACGGUGGUCAGUGAUGCCUUUCAAGAUACCCUACCCCCACCCCUUGAGAUCAAUGCUGCCCGUACCGAUCCCUGCAACACAGAGACCUGCCAGCUGCCAGAUUGUUUCUGCAACAAUCGCUUUGCCGUCCCCCGCGAGUUGCCUGUAUCAGACAUUCCACAGCUGGUCACCAUCACCUUUGAUGAUGCCAUCACGGUGAACAAUUACAACUACUACCAGUCGCUUUUCGGCAGCCGCGUCAACCCCAACGGCUGUCCAGCCGCGGCCACUUUCUACAUUAGCCAUGAAUACACCAACUAUCGCUUGGUCCAGGCUCUCUACCGUGAAGGACACGAAAUUGGCCUUCACACCAUCUCCCACAGCUACAACCUGGACUGGCAGCCUGAGGUUUAUGGCAUGCGCCAAAUCCUAUAUGAGUUUGCUGGAAUCCCUUCUGAUGAGGUCGGCCAGCCGACCCUCUGUCCCUCGUUUCUCGCUUCCUCGCUCUGCCUCGCUCUCCCCUUCUCCCCGCUCUCCCCUCUCCCCUUCUCCCGUGCUACCACGCUCACUGGUCGUGGGCGACCCUGUCGCUUUGUUUCUCAAUGGCAGAUGCAUGGCUUCCGAGCCCCGUUUUUGCUGCCGGGUGGUGACGCCAUGCUUUCAGUGCUAAGCCAGAGUGGCUUGACCCACGACAGUAGCUUUUUGGCACCCACCACCCCGACCGGCGAGCGCAUGUUCCCCUUUACCCUCGAGUUUCCCUUUGAAAUGCCGUGCAUGGUGGAGGAAUGUCCUUCAGAUCUCUCCUUUCCCAAACUCUGGGAACUGCCGGUCCACGAGUGGUGGGCACCGGGGAACCCCAACAUAUCAUACGGGUCAGUCGAUUGGCAAGCCCCUCCAGUCAUGAUUUCAAAAGGUGUUUCGUAUUCAUUUGUAUUAUUCGCCUCGCAAAAUGUGUUGUUGCGCAGGUUCCCAGAUGAGACGCAACCCAGCACGCAACAGGAGGUACUAGACCUCUUGCGCUACAACUUUUAUGCCCACUACAAUCAGAACCGGGCGCCGUUUACCGUGCCUUUGCACGCCUCCUGGUUUGAUCGCUAUCCCUUUGCCUUCAAAGCCUUGCAAGAGUUCCUUGACGAACUGGCAAUUUUGCCCGAGGUGUACCUGGUCGAUCAUCACAAGGUGGUAGAGUGGAUGCGGCAACCGACGCGGCUGUCCAAUAUGGCUGAUUUUGCGCCCUUUCAGUGCGACAGCGCCGUGCGCGUGGCCUUUGAUCAGUGCACGGCGACAGAACAGCACCAGUGCGGCUACACCAGCCCCGAGGAUGGCUCCGACAUUUACAUGGCCACCUGCCGCACCUGCCCCGACAGCUACCCCUGGCUAAACAAUCCCCUGGGUGUCUGA